AUGUCAGACCGUCCACAAACAUCAUGGGGUCCGGCCACCCAAAGCAGAGAGAAACGAGCAGACGAUGUAGAGUUCGCUUUGGAAGUCGGCAGUGGCCUUCUUCAAGAGGUGAGGAGAUUGCAGACACUGUUGGUGAAGCGGGAUCAAGAGAUGCUGGAUAUGAAAGAGGAGAUCGAGAGGUUACGAAGAUCACGGAGCGGGCACGUCCAGGUCCAGAGCGAGACAGUGCACUUAGAGUCCGUGCAUGCCACCCGGACAGAAGAGGACCCUACUCCAGUGGAAGACGUUCCACUCUGCCUGGUCCCAGAGGAACUCGUUCGAAGCAGCACCUCGGAUCGUCCCAUUGAAGGAUACAUCAUAUUUGACUGUCCACCCCCUCCCUCUCACGAUCGAGUUCCGCCGGUAGAGACAGUCAAUCACGGGCUCUCAGACGAAGAGAAACACUUUUGCGAGUUCUUUGGUGUCAAGCCAGAGCAGGCUACAAUCAAUAUCGUCAACUCGGGGAACACGACAACUACGACGAUUCAGGGUUCGUUCAAUGACCAUUCAUAUAAUGUCACCACCACUAUUACCUCCGAGCUCUCGACUGAGCUCGAGGAUACUCUGCUCACAUCCUUACCGGGCCAUUACCCCGACGCUGUGUUCCAAGCGGGUAGAGGAGAUCGGGGACCAGAGGUUGUAAUAUGGCUUCUACUUUUACUCUUCGCUUGCUUCCUACUUACCAUUUGA